GACAUUCCCCUAGUCGAGGCUAUGCGCGUCCUGAUUGUUUUCGCCCUGCCUCUCUUCUACAUGGCCAGAAUCGCGGGCGCCGCGCCCCUGCCGGAGGUUUGCGCCGACAUGUGCGCACUUGUUGAAGGGGCGCAAUUCCAAGUGCUGGUCCGGAGGAGCCGCAGUUUGACCGACAAGAUCCUGCUCGCCAUCCCCGAUGCGCACAGAUCGAGCAUCUACGCCGAGACCCUGAAGCUGAAUUCCUCCGAAAACGCCAAGCUUGGCACAAUGGCGUCGAACAUCAACUUCCCUGCUGCUCCCGUGUUCAAAAUUGCCUCGGAAAAAGUUUCAUUGGAGAGCAGUCUGAAACACGUGCAUGAGGGUCUGCAGCUGCACCAGGCCUUGCUGAGCCUCGUCUCAUCUCGGCUAGAAACGCAGAGAGUGACUGACCUCAUGAAUACCGUCCGAGAUCUUGCCAUUCAAAUUAGCAAGAUGCUGAGAGCUCUCCAGACGGAUUACGUGGCGCAGACAACGCCCAGCCCCGUGACUUUAUACCUGCACGGCGACUUUGAGGUUCAGGUGGCCGCCCACCUGACGCUGGUGCAGCUCCAGUCUCUGGGCCAGGACGCACACCGCUUCCUCAGGGGACUGGACACCAGCCAUGAGCCGGAAAGGGACAGUGACCUGCUGACACAACUGAAAUAACACUGCUCUCUUUAUUUGUAAUAUACCAGAAGUAUUUAUUGAUCUGUUAAUGGAUUUAUUUUUCUAUUUGCAUAUUUAUUCUAAAUAUUUAUUUAUAUAUGAUUGAACGGCUAAGAUGACUCGUUGCAUGCUGCCUUGUGUCUACAAUAACUGCCACCACUUACUUGCCUGUCUCACACAAUCACAUUGUCAUAAUAUUGCACCAAUAUACUAAUCUCGUCGGGCUGUAAUCUGUAGCAGAGUCUGACUGUCCAUUGAUUCUUAUUAGACAUUAUGGGGCAUCUUGAAAUACUAGGUUCAAUCAAGUUGAAUGUGUUAUUUAUGGAAUAUUUUCGUAUGAAUGUUUAU